AGCCUAACUAACUAAGCCCCUAAAAUAUCUCGUUGAUCACAUAAAUUAACAAGAGUAACGAUUCUGAGACAAAAAGGUAGCAGGUUUAAUAAGCUAUUCGCAACCAUCAUAUUUUUGGCGAGACACAUGUAUGACAAAAAAAGAAAGAAAAGAUUCAAAGGAAAAAGAAGACGGACAACUAGAGUUUUGCCCGGAUUUAUGCAAGAUUGAGGUUGUCCACGGCGACAAACAUCAGUUCCCUGAAUUGUUUAACAUUCCAAUUCCUUAAACCUCUCAAAAACCCUACUCCAUAAUUUCCACCCCAUGUCUUCAACAAACGAGCCUUCAUCAGAUUCUUCUUUCAAACCCUACACCCUAAAACACACACUCUCCGGCCACAAACGCGCCAUAUCCUCCGUCAAAUUCUCCGAUGACGGCAACCUCAUCGCCACCUCCUCCGCCGACAAAACAGCCCGAACAUGGUCCGUCACCGACGGCUCUCUUCUUCACGAAUUCCUAGGUCACGAACAGGGCAUAUCCGACGUGGCAUUCUCAUCCGAUAAUCGUCACUUAGCUACUGCUUCUGAUGACAAAACUGUUCGAUUAUGGGAUGUUUCAACUGGUUCCCAUGUUAAAACCCUAACAGGUCAUACGAAUUAUGUUUUCUGUGUUAAUUAUAAUCCUCAGAGUAAUAUGCUUGUUUCGGGUUCAUUUGAUGAGACUGUUAGGUUAUGGGAUGUUAAGACUGGCAAGUGUUUAAAGGUGUUGCCUGCACAUUCGGAUCCUGUUACUGCUGUGAAUUUUAAUAGGGAUGGGUCGUUGAUUGUUUCGAGUAGUUAUGAUGGAUUGUGUAGAAUUUGGGAUGCUUCUACUGGGCAUUGUAUGAAGACUCUUAUUGAUGAUGAAAAUCCACCUGUUAGUUUUGUUAAGUUUUCGCCUAAUGGGAAGUUUAUACUCGUUGGCUCUUUGGAUAAUACUCUGAGGCUUUGGAACUUCUCGACUGGUAAAGUUCUGAAAACUUACUCAGGCCAUGUCAACUCGAAGUACUGCGUUUCAUCAACAUUUUCCAUAACAAAUGGGAAAUAUAUCGUUAGUGGUUCUGAGGAUAAUUGCAUAUAUAUGUGGGAGCUUCAGUCAAGGAAGAUAGUUCAAAAAUUGGAAGGUCAUACUGAUACUGUAAUUUCGGUAUCAUGCCACCCCACUCAGAACAUGAUUGCUUCUGGUUCUCUUGGGAAUGACAAGACUGUGAAGAUAUGGACUCAGGGGGAAGACUAAUUAUUCUUUUAUUUACUCCAAGACAUUUGUGCAGUUGAAUUAGGUGAUAUAGCAGAUUUGCUGCAUCCAUCUUACUUGCCUUGCUUGUGAGAAUGAGUUAUUGUCAGUCUCUCCAUGAGGUAAAAACUUUGUAUCUUUUAGAUCCUGGCAGUUGUCAUUUUAGUUAUUGUAUUCCUGGAAUUUGCUUAACAAGAUGAAUAGGCGUAUCAGAUUUAUGGAAAUUGUUUCAAGUUGAAACUUU